AUGGACCAAGGGUCAUCGCGAGCUUUUUUUGCGUUGAACGAGCCAGCCCUCAAUGGGGUUGGCUUCACUAGGGGUGCGCGACAUCGCCGAGAUGCCGUCAAUGCGAACAAUGGACGCAAGACUGUGCUCACAGGUGCUAUACGGCAGCACCGCGCAUGGAAAUCUCCAAUGAGACCAGAAUCUGGAUGCUCCACAACACCACCACGUUAUCUCUAUCAAUCACAUAAUUGGUCUUUCUUCUGUUGGGGGGGUUGGAUUGGGUUGAUUCGUACCCUCUAUACUCCGUACCACCACAGCGCUGGUGGUGAUUGA